AUGGCUCCAGGGGCGGGUGUAGGGGGCUGAUGAGCAAGUGGGUAGCUGCUGGGCUGGCUGGGCUGGUGGGCCAGAGCAGUCCAGGCAGAGGGCCCUGCCCAGGCCAGAGAGGAGCCAGGAGUCAUGAGGCUGGCAGUGGGCAUGCUCUGGCUAUUGGCCCUUGGGUGGCCUCCCCAGGCCCGGGGCUCCUGCCCAUCUCUCUGCAGCUGUAGCCUCCAUAUCCUGGGCGAUGGCAGCAAGGCCAGGACGGUGGUGUGCAACGACCCCGACAUGACCCUGCCCCCAGCAUUCAUCCCUCCGGACACCUCCAGACUGCGCCUGGAGCGGACGGCCAUACGCAGGGUGCCGGGCGAGGCCUUCAGGUCCCUAGGCCGCUUGGAGCAGCUGUGGCUGCCCUACAACGCCCUGGGCGAGCUCAGCGUCCUUAUGCUGCAGGGCCUGCGCCGCCUGCGCGAGCUGCGUUUGCCCGGGAACCACCUGGUGGUUUUCCCCUGGGCCGCGCUAAGGGACGCCCCCCAGCUGCGGCUGCUGGACCUGCAGGCCAACCGCCUUUCCACCGUGCCGCCGGAGGCUGCGCGCUUCCUGGGCAAUCUCACCUUCCUCGACCUCUCCAGCAACCAGCUGAUGAGGCUCCCGCAGGAGCUGCUGGGCACCUGGGCUCACCUGAAGACAGGCGUCUUCCUCCCCAGCCACCACACCAGGCUGGUUCUAGGGCUGCAGGACAACCACUGGGUAUGUGACUGCCGCCUCUAUGACCUAGUUCAUCUCCUGGAUGGUUGGGCCCAAAACUUAGCCUUCAUCGAGACUCGGGUGAGGUGUGCCAGUCCACGCAGCCUGGCAGGAGUGGCCUUCAACCAACUGGAAUUGAGGAAGUGCCAGAGCCCAGAGCUCCGUCCAGGGGUGGCCAGUGUCAGGUCAUCUUUGGGAAGUACAAUAUUAUUACGCUGCGGUGCCAGUGGAGUCCCUGGGCCCGAGAUGAGCUGGAGGAGGGCCAGUGGCAGUCCCCUCAAUGGCACAGUGCACCAGGAAGUCUCCAGUGAUGGCACGAGCUGGACUUUGCUGGGUCUGCCUGCGGUGUCCUACCUUGAUUCUGGAGAUUACAUCUGCGAGGCCAAGAACUUCCUGGGGGCCUCCGAGACUGUCAUUUCCCUGAUUGUCACUGACCCCCAGACUUCAACAGAACACAGUGGGAGCCCAGGGGUGCUGUGGACAAGGACAGGCGAGGGGGUGGAAGCUGCUGCCUACAACAACAAGCUAGUGGCCAGGCAUGUCCCCUACAUCCCAGAACCUGCUGUUCCAGACACUAGGCCUUCUGUGCCCAGCAUGAAGGAGGAACUAGCUCUCCAGCACUUACAGAUGGGUGCUCCAGGAGAGCCCUAUGCCGGGCAGGUGGGACCCCAGGACAACCGCAUGGUGAGGUCUCUCAAGGUGGUGGGGGACACUUACCACAGUGUGUCCUUGGUGUGGAAGGCCCCUCAGGCUAAAAACACAACUGCCUUCAGUGUUCUGUAUGCCGUCUUUGGGCAGCGCAACAUGCAGCGGGUGAUUGUGCAGCCUGGGAAGACCAGUGUCACCAUCCAUGGGCUGAUGCCCAAGACUAAGUACGUGGCAUGUGUCUGCGUACGGGGCCUGGUGCCCCGGAAGGAGCAAUGCAUCAUCUUCUCCACUGAUGAAGUGGUGGAUGCUGAGGGCACCCAGAGGCUCAUCAACGUGGUAGUGAUCAGUGUGGCCGCUGUCAUCGCUCUGCCUCUCACGCUGCUGGUCUGCUGCGGUGCUCUCCAGAGACGUUGCCGCAAGUGCCGCACUAGGGGCUCCUCCGAGGCCACAGGCACCUACGUCAACCUGGAGAGGCUGGGCCACAGUGAGGAUGGCUUGGAGGAGUUGUCCCGUCACAGUCUCAGUGAAACUGACAGGCUCCUUUCAGCGCGUUCCAGCCUGGACUCUCAGGCUUUGGGGACCAGGGCAGGCCGACGGAUGAAUGAGUACUUCUGCUGA